CCCCUAAAACUUAACUACGAAUAGUGUCCUGUUGAUUGGAUGUCCUGCCAGUAACAUACACAUUCAGUUAACACGUUCUGUGUGUUAAAUGUAUUCUAUCUCGAAUUCUGACAAUAAAGUGAGCUACAGAAAAGAACAUGUUAUUGAGAAAAUGCUAAGGAAGAGAAAAUACAUUUACUAGCCACUAAGUGGAGUGUAUCAUCGUAAAGGGCUCCCCGAUCAUCUUCACGUUGAGUAGGCUGUGAGCAGGUGGGGGGUGGGGGGAGCGUUGUCUUGCUGUCUGCGGAGUGGCAGAGGCGGGAGAAAGUCCACAUAUAAGUGGACCACGCGGUUCAAACCCCAGUCCUUCAAGGGUCAACUGUAGUCCUCCACUCGCUGGUAAAUAGCUCACCUCAGCCCUUCCUGGGUCCCCACUGCCCCCCCAGCCAGCCCCCCCCAGCCCUCUGUCUUCUGAAACCUGCUGUUAAUUCCCGUUUCUCCAAUGAGGAAACUGAGUGACCGCAGGGUACUGUUCCUAGCAGAAAAUUGGCAGCACCACGGGGUCGGAGCCCAGGUUUCUUCUUUUCCCAGCUGCCAGCCAGGCUCUGAGUCCUAUAUCUCACUUGUUGGUCACUUGCUGUAUGCCAGGCCCCUCCUUGGGCCCCCUUGCCACAGCCCCGUGCAGCAGCAUCAGAGAGGCUGCAGCUGGCCCAAGGUGGCACAGCCAGGGACUGGACAGGAGCCGGGCGGGCAGCAUGUCCCCUGCUCACCUGCUGCCCUGUGGGUGUGACCAGAGUGAGGCACGUGGAGAUUGGGGCUGGGGGGCCUGUGGCAGGGACCUUUGCAUUCUCUUCUUCCCGUAACUGCUUCCCACCCCGACAUCCUCUUGGCUUUGGAAUUUGACCCCAGAUCUAUAAGAAGAGCCUGACUCCUCCCUCUCCCUCACCUCCUACACCGCCUCCAGGUUCUGCCACUUUUACAAAUUUGCUUUAUCUGUUCACUCUUUCCCUUCUCUGCAUCCCCGUGGCUCCAGCCGCGGCCUCAUCCUCUACCCCCGGACCCUUGGCGCAGUUCCUCCUUGACCUCCAGCCGUCCCCGCUCCAGUCCACUCAGAGGGGCCCUUCACCCCCCAGAGCUGAGCCUGCCCCUCUGUUGUCACAGCCCGAUGUGGGAGGAAGGAGGCCCUCCGGCCCAUUGCCACGGCUUCUGUAACAGCUUGACAUUCCCUCCUCCCAGCUUCCCUCCUGGACGUUCCGGAGCCCACCCUGUGCCCACCCUCUCACUUAGCCCCCACCCCCACACUCGCCUCCCUAGAGACACCGGGCUCCUUGCAUCGGGUGCCAGCAGAGGAACUGCCGGUAGGGGGCGCUGGCUCGCUCCUUCCUGCAGGAAGUACUGAGGCUCGGAGGGGCCGGCGCUGUGGCAGGUCCUGAGGAUGCAGCCGUGAACGCCCCGACAAAGCCCUCAGGAGCUCCCCUCGUAGCAGGAAGGCAGGCAAGGAACGCAGGAACAAAUCACCAAGCAUCAGCCCCCCAGCGUCCACGCGGAGCAUGAACAUUGAGGAUGGCGCGUGCCCGCGGCUCCCCGUGCCCCCCGCUGCCGCCUGGUAGGAUGUCCUGGCCCCACGGGGCAUUGCUCUUCCUCUGGCUCUUCUCCCCACCCCUGGGGGCCGGUGGAGGUGGAGUGGCCGUGACGUCUGCUGCCGGAGGGGGCUCCCCACCGGCCACCUCCUGCCCCGCGGCCUGCUCCUGCAGCAACCAGGCCAGCCGGGUGAUCUGCACACGGAGAGACCUGGCCGAGGUCCCAGCCAGCAUCCCGGUCAACACACGGUACCUGAACCUGCAGGAGAACGGCAUCCAGGUGAUCCGGACGGACACGUUCAAGCACUUGCGGCACCUGGAGAUUCUGCAGCUGAGCAAGAACCUGGUGCGCAAGAUCGAGGUGGGUGCCUUCAACGGGCUGCCCAGCCUCAACACGCUGGAGCUUUUUGACAACCGGCUGACCACGGUGCCCACGCAGGCCUUCGAGUACCUGUCCAAGCUGCGGGAGCUCUGGCUGCGCAACAACCCCAUCGAGAGCAUCCCCUCGUACGCCUUCAACCGCGUGCCCUCGCUGCGGCGCCUGGACCUGGGCGAGCUCAAGCGGCUGGAGUACAUCUCGGAGGCGGCCUUCGAGGGGCUGGUCAACCUGCGCUACCUCAACCUGGGCAUGUGCAACCUCAAGGACAUCCCCAACCUGACGGCCCUGGUGCGCCUGGAGGAGCUGGAGCUGUCGGGCAACCGGCUGGACCUGAUCCGCCCGGGCUCCUUCCAGGGUCUCACCAGUCUGCGCAAGCUGUGGCUCAUGCACGCCCAGGUAGCCACCAUCGAGCGCAACGCCUUCGACGACCUCAAGUCGCUGGAGGAGCUCAACCUGUCCCACAACAACCUGAUGUCGCUGCCCCACGACCUCUUCACGCCCCUGCACCGCCUUGAGCGCGUGCACCUCAACCACAACCCCUGGCAUUGCAACUGCGACGUGCUCUGGCUGAGCUGGUGGCUCAAAGAGACGGUGCCCAGCAACACGACGUGCUGCGCCCGCUGUCAUGCGCCCGCCGGCCUCAAGGGGCGCUACAUUGGGGAGCUGGACCAGUCGCAUUUCACCUGCUAUGCGCCCGUCAUCGUGGAGCCGCCCACUGACCUCAACGUCACCGAGGGCAUGGCUGCCGAGCUCAAAUGCCGCACGGGCACCUCCAUGACCUCCGUCAACUGGCUGACGCCCAACGGCACCCUCAUGACCCACGGCUCCUACCGCGUGCGCAUCUCCGUCCUGCAUGACGGCACGCUCAACUUCACCAACGUCACCGUGCAGGACACGGGCCAGUACACGUGCAUGGUGACGAACUCGGCCGGCAACACCACCGCCUCGGCCACGCUCAACGUCUCGGCCGUGGACCCCGUGGCAGCCGGGGGCACCGGCGGCGGCGGGGGCGGCCCUGGGGGCGGUGGUGGUGUUGGAGGGGGCAGUGGCGGUUACACCUACUUCACCACGGUGACCGUGGAGACCCUGGAGACGCAGCCCGGAGAGGAGGCCCUGCAGCCGCGGGGGACGGAGAAGGAACCGCCGGGGCCCACGACGGACGGUGUCUGGGGCGGGGGCCGGCCCGGGGACGCGGCCGGUCCUGCCUCGUCGUCUACCACGGCACCCGCCCCGCGCUCCUCGCGGCCCACGGAGAAGGCGUUCACGGUGCCCAUCACGGAUGUGACGGAGAACGCCCUCAAGGACCUGGACGACGUCAUGAAGACCACCAAGAUCAUCAUUGGCUGCUUCGUGGCCAUCACGUUCAUGGCCGCGGUGAUGCUCGUGGCCUUCUACAAGCUGCGCAAGCAGCACCAGCUCCACAAGCACCACGGGCCCACGCGCACCGUGGAGAUCAUCAACGUGGAGGACGAGCUGCCCGCCGCCUCGGCCGUGUCCGUGGCCGCCGCGGCCGCCGUGGCCGGUGGGGGUGGCGUGGGCGGGGACAGCCACCUGGCCCUGCCCGCUCUGGAGCGAGACCACCUCAACCACCACCACUACGUGGCUGCUGCCUUCAAGGCGCACUACAGCAGCAACCCCAGCGGCGGGGGCUGUGGGGGCAAAGGCCCGCCCGGCCUCAACUCCAUCCACGAACCUCUGCUCUUCAAGAGCGGCUCCAAGGAGAACGUGCAAGAGACGCAGAUCUGAGGCAGUGGGGCCUGGCGGGCGAGGGGCGUGGAGCCCCCCACCCUGGUCCCAGCCCGGGCGCAGCCUGACCGGGACCCCUCCCUCCCACAGCCCAGCCCACCUUCUGGGACCACGCAGGGAAUUGGGGAGAGGUGGCUUCCAGCCCCAUCUGGGGCUCGGACCCCCAGUGAGGACAGGGUGGGGCUCCAGGAACGGAGUCUCUGGGGUCCUCGCCUCACCCCCGCCAAUCCCCGGUGACGGGAGGGGACGUGGGACCCAGGAGAAGUGGCGUUUCCUCCUCGCGCUCCGCGUUUCCUCCUCGCUCUCCCGACCAAGCGUUCCCGGCCCGCCGCCUUCCAGGGGAGAGAGGAGCUUUUUCCAGGGGUGUCCUUUCCCCUCGGCCCCAGACACCCUCCUUUUACGGUUCAGUUUUUGCAGUUUGACGCCCGUCCCUCCCUCCCACUCCUCCGCCCUCAAAACUGAAGAGAUGGACACGUCGCCAGAGCUCCCGGCCGGCGGUCCCUGUCGUCGGCAGAGGGUGGCAGCCUCCACCCGCCCCAGCCCCACCUGCCCCACAGACACUUUUGAUACUGAAGGGAGGUUUGCGUCAACGACUACCUGCUCUGUAAUUACUUUAAAAAAAAAAACAUGGAAAAAGUAAAAAAAUA